AGUAAAUAGUACUUAUGCUAUUAAGAUGGCGCUGACAGAUAGGGCAGCCGUGCUUCUAGCUCCCACAAGUAUUUCGCUACACCCGCAAUAACGUAUGUAACCAAUAAAUGUAUUUGAAAUAGGCUGUAACUAGGGCCCAAUGCUUCUAAUGGUUAUAACACAUGGACAGUAAGUACUCCUGUCUGGAACUAUGAUUCAAUGAAGAAAAAGUGCCAAUUUUUAAGUCAUGCUUACUGGAUUAGUCUCUUGCAUUAGAUUUCCCACGACAACCAAACUAAAGCCAAAUUGACUGAUUUACACUUCUGUAAUGUUAAAGGGAUGCAUAGUAUAUGACUGACAGACUCAUUGGCCGAAGUCUAAUUGAAACGCUUUAUCAACAUUGCUAUUUUCAACAGCCCAGUCAUUACACUUGACCCCCCCCCCACACACACACUUGGCCCGAUGCCUAGCAUUGGCUUCUAUGUCCUGUUUACGAGAAGGUUCUCCCCCUUCGGUGGUGCGUGACCAGUGGCUGUCAUGCAUCUUGAAUGGUGAGCAUCUGGGUGCUGGAGGGGUCAAGUUCAAAAGCGGGGGGGGGGAGUGGGUCUAAUAGGCUGUGGGUGAAAACAGAAGCUGUGGUUACUGCUACUGUCAUGACUGGCACUAUGAGCUGCGUCCAGUGCUUGUGACAGGAUGGUAGGAGUGUCCCGCCUCUUAGGGUCACUCAUCCAAUUCUAGAACUUGACCUGUCAGGUGACGGAACCUAAAAUAGCCCUGCAGAGAGUAUAUAGAGGUCUAUACGCAGGCCCUGGAUUUCAGAACAGGACUUGCCCCGCUGUCUGAAACAUACAGGACACUGCACCACGAGAGACGUUGACAGAAGAGGAAAGGCCUUUUUUUUGAAGGACAUAUCUUAAUUCAAUAAUUUCACUGCCUUCUGCUUUAUAAUUUUACCAUUGAAAAAGGCUUGAAGAUUUUCAACAGAUUUUUCUUUUUCUUUGAGCAAGCCUGAACACUUUCAUACGGAUGAAGUACUACCAGGACCCAGUCUGCCAGUCCAUGGGCAUCAAGGCUUAUGGCCCUAAGGAAUCCAGCAGCACUUCUUGCACCCACUCUCCUCCACAGAUCAAACCAGUUCGCAGCGUCCACUUCCCCAACGACAUUGUGUUCCAGGACUACGUCCGGCAGGGCGAGCUGGACAGGAUCGGACUCUUCAUCAGAAAGAGGAGGGUCAGCUUGGAAACCAUCUACCACUCCGGUAUGGCAGCGAUCCAUGAGGCUGUCCUCUCUGGGAACCUGGAGUGUGUGAAGCUGCUGGUGAAGCACGGAGCAGACGUCCACCAGAGAGACGAGGAGGGCUGGACACCUCUCCACAUGGCCUGCAGUGACGGAUUCCCUGACAUUGCAAAGUACCUGCUUUCUAUUGGCGCCGACCCUCAGGCGGAGAACGAGUGUGGGGAGACACCUGCCGAUCUCAUCGACCCAGAGUGCACCGGGGUUCGUGAGCUGCAGGGGCUGCUUGGUGUGGAAGACGACUGAGCUCUCGUCAUCUAACCUUAAAACGUCACUGAAACUUCAGUCUCCUUCCUCGCCCAGGCCUCCCGGUUGACCCUCCACAAUGGAAUGAAAUGGGCAGAUCGGUAGAACAUCGUCAUUCUGUGCCCUCCCUCUCUUGUAGACGUCCUGGAGACAUAUCUGGUCUGGUGGGAGGAAGGCGGCCAGCCAACAGUAGAUGGUUGCCUUUGAGAGUGAACUGAACUGUUGCUGGAAAGGGGCUCCUCCCAGGCAAUCUCAGCAGGCAUCGCUUUGUAAUGCUGUUUGCAGGUGCAGAAGUAAGUUUGAGCUUUUGUACUUUUUUUUUUUUAUUGAGGGUGAACGCAGCACUGAAAUGAAUUAGAUAACAGUAUGGUAAUGAGUUUUUCUAAUUACUUUAUAGUUGAUGUGUUAAAGCUUUUUUGGAAGUUGUGAAACAUGGAUCUGUCAUUGUCCUCUGACUCGUAGGGCCACUCUGAAUUUGGGGCUUACUGCCCAGCGCAGUAAACCAAUGUGAUAGGUCAACUCUACCCACUGACAGCAUUUAUAGUUCAAGAUUUGUAUCAUACAACUUUUCAAUUUGAAACAAAGACCCUGCAUAUGUACCACAUGAAUAUGUACCCUGCAUACUGUAUGUACUCUAAAAUGUACCACAUGAAUGUUGUUAGUCUAACGCUUUACCUCUAUACUUUUGCAAACACCACUGGAAUGGUUAAUUGUGUUCACAAUUCCUUUUACAAUCAUUUGUAACUGAAACCGUGUGCAAUCAAUUGUGGUUACACGGCUUUGUAAAUAAUUGCCUUUUUAUAAAUUUUUUCAUUAAAAUCGUUUCAUACAA